AUGUCCUAGGUAGGUGGCAGGCCACUCAGCUGCCUUGAGAGGUCACAGUGGGAAAUGAAGGAGAAAGCCCGGACUUCACUUCCACCUUGCCCGCCAUCCACCCGCUGGGUGAGCUUGGCCAAGCCAGUGGCCUCCUGGGUGCCCAUUUCUCUUUCUGGUCUUGGUACUGCCAGCCAGAGAGAGAAGAUGUUCUUCCCAGUUUGCACCUUCUCGAGUUACUGCUUGAAGGAAUCAGGCAAGGUGGGCCAAAAUAGGCCUGCUCUCUCAUCCCGACACCAGGCCCGGGUUCUGGUGCCUACGACACCUCAGUUCUGCAGGGUCCCAGAUGGCCUGAGCCAGCUGACUCCAGACACAACCCACUCCAUCCGGGUGAGGCCUGCCCAGCUGCCCUGGCCUGAGUCCUGGGGGAUGGACUCCCUGCAGAAGCAGGAGCUCCGGAGGCCGAAGAUUCACGAGGCAGUCCAGGUGUCCCCCUACCAGCCGCCCACGCUGGCCUCCUUGCAGCGCUUGCUGUGGGUCCGGCGGGCUGCCACGCUCACCCACAUCAAUGAGGUGUGGCCCAACCUCUUUUUGGGAGAUGCGUAUGCUGCCCGGGACAAGAGCAGGCUGGUUCAGCUGGGUAUCACCCAUGUUGUGAAUAUGGCUGCAGGCAAGUUUCAGGUGGACACGGGUGCCAAGUUCUACCGUGGAACGUCUUUGGAGUACUAUGGCAUCGAGGCUGACGACAACCCCUUCUUUGAUCUCAGUGUCUACUUCCUGCCUGUUGCUCAAUAUAUCCGAGCUGCUCUCAAUACUCCCCGAGGCCGCGUGCUGGUCCACUGCGCUAUGGGGGUGAGCCGCUCUGCCACUGUUGUCCUGGCCUACCUCAUGAUCUGCGAGAACAUGACAUUGGUAGACGCCAUCCAGACGGUGCAGGCCCACCGUGAUAUCUGCCCCAACUCAGGCUUCCUCCGACAGCUCCAAGUUCUGGACAACAGGCUGAGGAAGGAAACUGGGAGACUCUAA